CUUCGCCGUAGUCGUUUGUGUGAGGUGAAGAACGACGGUCGGGGCAGGUCGCUGGUUGCCGUGAGGGGCUGACGGAGCGAGCCUCGCCCGCCCGCCCGCCAUGUCGCUGCACGGGAAGCGCAAGGAGAUCUACAAGUACGAGGCGCCAUGGACCGUCUACGCCAUGAACUGGAGCGUCAGGCCCGACAAGCGCUUCAGGCUGGCGCUCGGCAGCUUCGUGGAGGAAUACAACAACAAGGUCCAACUUGUUGGGUUGGAUGAGGAAAGCUCUGAGUUCAUUUGCCGGAAUACCUUUGAUCACCCAUAUCCUACUACCAAGCUCAUGUGGAUCCCAGAUACCAAAGGGGUAUAUCCAGACCUUUUGGCAACAAGUGGUGACUACUUGCGUGUCUGGAGAGUGGGUGAAACAGAGACCAGGCUAGAAUGUUUGCUGAACAACAACAAGAAUUCUGAUUUCUGUGCUCCAUUGACAUCCUUUGACUGGAAUGAAGUGGAUCCUUACCUGCUAGGUACCUCUAGUAUUGACACAACUUGCACUAUCUGGGGUUUGGAGACUGGCCAGGUCUUGGGGAGAGUGAAUUUGGUGUCAGGCCAUGUCAAGACCCAGUUGAUUGCCCAUGAUAAAGAGGUCUAUGAUAUUGCAUUCAGCCGUGCAGGAGGUGGGAGAGACAUGUUUGCUUCUGUUGGUGCUGAUGGCUCAGUGAGAAUGUUUGAUCUGCGGCACCUGGAACAUAGUACAAUUAUAUAUGAGGAUCCUCAACACCAUCCUUUGCUUCGCCUUUGCUGGAAUAAACAGGACCCUAAUUAUCUUGCAACAAUGGCAAUGGAUGGCAUGGAGGUGGUGAUUUUAGAUGUCAGAGUUCCUUGUACACCUGUUGCCAGACUGAACAACCACAGAGCAUGUGUCAAUGGGAUUGCUUGGGCACCACACUCGUCUUGUCAUAUUUGCACAGCUGCGGAUGACCAUCAAGCACUUAUCUGGGAUAUCCAGCAAAUGCCUCGUGCCAUUGAGGAUCCAAUCUUGGCCUACACAGCAGAAGGUGAAAUCAACAAUGUACAGUGGGCAUCAACUCAGCCGGACUGGAUAGCAAUCUGUUACAACAACUGCCUGGAAAUCUUGAGAGUGUAAAAACAGUUGGGCACUGAGAAAAAAAAUGGAACUGGAUGGUGGUCUUUGCUCUCCUAUAAUUUUUUAAGAACAAAACUCCAUCUAGAAAGUGCCACUGGCUAUUCUAGGAAGACUCAGAACUGGCAUUGAUGGGUAUAUGUUGCUGUCGUCUCCCUCUUUCCCACCCCCACCCCCCACCCUGUGACUUAAAUGCAGGGAUAUGCUGAGCCUUUCAAACCCUCUGGGAAUUUAUUAUUACUUUCAAUUAAAGUUAUGUAUAUAUGUCAGCCAUUUGUGUUGAGUAUUUGUAUUGAAUGAGAAAUGACACCAACUGGCAGAAUGACAACCUAGCAGAAAUAAUACGUUGCUGCUGCAGAUGCCUAAAAACUGUUCAAAGUUAUAGUAAUGGGAUGUGAAGUUAACUUUCUGUUAAGUAAUUUUUUCACACAUAUCUUCUCUACCCCUUCCCCCACCCAUGGCAAGUCAAAUUUCUCUUGAUACUAGUGCUGAAUCUUGUAAGGUCUCUGCAACUAAAAGUCUAUUGCUAUUUAAAAUGUUCUUCAACUAUAAGGGAGCAGGAGCAGUCACAAAGCCUAGCUGGCUCUUGCAGAAUCUUCCUGAAGCGAAGUUUUAACUUUGUGAACCACUGGUUAUUAGAUUUGUUUCUCUCUCUCCUCUGUAUGACAAAGGCCUCUAAAAUAAAGCAGUAUACAGUGGUGAUGCCAAUAUAGCAUCUAGUUGGAUAAGUACAGUUCCUAGUUUUGCACUGUGUGUGUUGCCUGUCCCCUCACAAAAAUAUAAGGACUUCAGCCACAGGUGAUCUUACUCGACUCCAAGAGGCAACAAGCAUUUUCCUAAGAGUUGUGUUGCUUCCCACCUUCUAAGAGCAGCUUUUAUUCUAGCACUAUCCAG